CUUCCUCGUAAUUUCUUGCUCAUUUUAAAGCCCACCAAGCACACUCACAAUCCUGUACUAUUACUUUGUGAGACCAACAAAUCAACUCCAAAAAUUAAAUAAAAGAAAUCACUUUUUUCUCUCAAAAUUCUCUAUCUCAUCAUCGGUCAAACAUAUCGAUGAAGGUCACCGCCGACUCUUGUCUCGGCGCUGAUGAAACGGCGUGGCCGCCUGGGUUCAGGUUUCACCCGACAGACGAGGAGCUUGUGCUUUACUACUUGAAGAAGAAGAUCUGUAAGAAAAGGAUUAAACUCAAUAUUAUUCGGGAACUUGAUGUUUACAAGUGGGAUCCUGAGGAGUUGCCUGGGCAAUCGAUAUUGAAGACUGGGGAUAGGCAAUGGUUCUUCUUCAGUCCAAGGGAUAGGAAGUAUCCUAAUGGAGCAAGGUCAAAUAGGGCGACCAGACAGGGGUAUUGGAAAGCAACAGGGAAGGACCGCAUUGUUGUGUGCAAUUCUCGGAAUGUUGGAGUGAAGAAAACCCUAGUUUUCUACAGAGGCCGAGCGCCAAGUGGUCAACGAACUGAUUGGGUGAUGCACGAGUAUACUUUGGAUGAAGAAGAACUUAAUAGGUGCCCAAAUGUGCAGGAUUAUUAUGCGCUUUACAAGGUUUUCAAAAAAAGUGGACCUGGACCUAAGAAUGGUGAACAGUAUGGAGCACCAUUCAAGGAAGAGGACUGGGCUGAUGAUGAAAAUCCAUGUGUCAAUAGCUUGGUUACUCCAGAGAUUCCUGUUGAGCAGCAUAAUGAAGUGUCUCUUGUUGAUAAUGUUAGAGUGUCAGCUCAACUUGAGCCGCCGUUGAAUGAUUUUGAGGACAUAAUAGCUGAAGAACCUGCUCUUAAUCUACAGAACAAUGAUUUCACUUAUGUACUGCCCCAGGUUGCCAGUGAAGAAGAGGCACAAAGUACUUUAGUUGAUCCAUCUUUUAGGGGAGUUGUUUCUGAACCAGCUGGAGUGUUGACGACAAGUGGUCAGCACUACAAUAAACACAUCAGCUUUAACUUUAACCAGUCAGCUACCUCAACAUUGCAAUUGCAUGAGGCAUCUGAGGUCACAUCCGCUCCCCAGUUAAAUGAAGAGGAUUUCCUGGAAAUUGACGAUCUCAUUGGUCCAGAGCCUUCGUUCUCCAACACUGAGCAACCUGCCAAAAAAUUGCAGUUUGAUGAUUUUGAUGGAUUGAGUGAGUUUGACCUGUACUACGAUGCAGCGAUGUUUUUGCGGGACAUGGGGCCUGUUGAUCAGGAAGCAGUUUCAUGUUCAUACGUGAGUUCCUAUGGGUGUGAUAUGGUUAACCAAGCAAGCUACCAGCUGCAGCCCAAUUCAAUAACAAACCCGGUGGAUUAUCAGUUGCAGACAAAUUUGGUGGCCAACCAGGUGGAUUAUGAGCUGCAGCCACAAUUUUAUGAUGCGGAGCAGAUGAACAAUCAGCUGUGGGUGCAUGAUCAUCAAAAUAAUGCAUUAGCUACUUCAGAAUCGCAUCAUGGGAUUCUUUUCCAAGGAACAGGUGCUGUGUGUGAAUCGAGCAAUAAAUCUACUGGAGCCAAUGGAAAUCAAGGGAGCAAAGAGGGUGAUGCUGCUAAUGGUUGGUUAUCUUCUGCCUUGUGGGGUUUUGUUGAGUCCAUCCCUACUACGCCGGCAUCAGCCUCAGAGAACCCUUUGGUUAAUAAGGCUUUUGAGCGAAUGUCAAGCUUCAGCAGGAUUAGAAUGAAUGUCAAAAACAUCAAUGUUGAUGCAGGUAAUGGUGCUGCAAGUGUAAGGAGCACUGGUGGAAAUAAGGGAUUUGUUUUAUUGUCAAUUAUUGGAGUCUUGUGUGCCAUCUUGUGGGUAUUAGUCGGAGGUGCCAAAGUGCCGGGGAGAUCAAUCUCCUCGUGAUUUAUGUAAAUGAGAGUUUUGAUGUUAAAUAUUGGGGGACGCUCCUAGAAUUAAUGGAUAGGCACCAUUAAUUAUAAAAAUGGUUAGACACAUUAAUUAUAGUA